AUGGAGGCGACGCCACCGAGUGAGCCGAGGAAGCGGGGUAGGCCAAAGGGAUCGACUAAGGCCAAGGCAGAGAAGGAGAGAGAGGCUAGUGGCGGCGGACCAGCUGCAAAAAUGAGAGGUGCGAUCGGCGGGAAUAAAAACUCGGCCGCGGACGAGAAUUACGCUCAGUGGAAGCUGUUGGUCCCCGUGCUGUAUGACUGGUUUGCUCAUCAUAAUCUACUGUGGCCAUCUCUCUCUUGCCGGUGGGGCCCUGUUCUCGAGACAGGAACUUACAAAAACAAACAACGGCUUUAUCUUUCGGAACAGACGGACCAGACAGUGCCAAACACUUUGAUUAUAGCAAAUUGCGAUAUUGUGAAGCCCCGAGUUGCAGCAGCAAAUCAUGUAGCAAAUUUCAAUGAAGAUGCUCGCUCACCUUUUGUGAAGAAAUACAAAACUAUCAUACAUCCUGGAGAGGUGAACAGAAUCAGGGAGCUUCCUCAGAAUAAAAAUAUAGUGGCAACGCACACUGACUGUCCUGAAGUUCUUAUAUGGGAUGUUGAGGCUCAACCUAAUCGUCAUGCUGUCCUUGGAGCUGCCGAAUCACGUCCAGAUCUGGUAUUGUCUGGUCAUCAAGAUAAUGCAGAAUUUGCUCUUGCCAUGUGCCUGGCUGAACCUUUUGUGCUCUCUGGAGGGAAGGACAAAUCUGUGGUAUUAUGGAGCAUUCAGGAUCAUGUUUCAACAUUGGCCUCAGAUGCUAACCAAUAUACAGGAUCUUCUGGUUCCAUUGUAAAAGCUGCUGAUAAUCCUUCUAUUGGUCCACGUGGGGUUUUCAAUGGGCAUGAGGAUACUGUUGAGGAUGUGCAGUUUUGCCCAUCAAGCUCACAGCAGUUUUGUAGCGUUGGAGACGAUUCUUGUUUGAUACUAUGGGAUGCACGGAUUGGAGGCAAUCCGGUUGUAAAGGUUGAAAAGGCACACAAUGCAGAUCUUCACUGUGUAGAUUGGAAUUCUCAUGAUGAGAAUUAUAUCCUAACUGGGUCUGCGGAUCAUACAGUCAGCAUGUUUGAUCGCCGCAAUCUUACCUCUGAUGGAGUUAGAUCCCCUGUCCAUAAAUUUGAAGGUCAUACAGCUCCUGUUCUUUGUGUCCAGUGGUCUCCAGAAAAGUGCUCUGUAUUUGGGACCUCAGCUGAAGAUGGUUUGUUGAACAUCUGGGAUUAUGAGAAGGUUGGUCAACAGAAAGAAAGUGGAUUAAAAUCUUCUAAUGCUCCUCCGGGGUUGUUUUUCCAACAUGCUGGGCACAGGGACAAGGUCGUCGACUUCCAGUGGAGUGUCUCUGAUCCGUGGACAGUUGUUAGUGUAUCUGAUGAUGGAGAAUUUUCUGGUGGAGGUGGUAGUUUGCAGAUCUGGCGUAUGACCGAUUUGUUAUACAGACCCGAGGAAGAGGUAUUGGCUGAGCUUCAAAAAUUCAAAGACCAUGUCCUUGAAUGCAACAAGGAUGACAACUAG